CACUAGCCUGGAGCAACAGAUGUUUGACCGUCUAUAUUCUGCCCUGUUAGUACAACUGAACAAUGAGAAUAGCUGAGUGCUGAAGUUCAACCAAUUCCCUGCUUAUUCGAUGGAUUUUGUUUUACCUUCAGAUAUCAAGGACAUCUCGCUUAGUGAUUGUAUAAUUGUUCGAAGGGAUAUUAGAAACGAACAAGAAAGAUGGUUUCAAACGGUCAACCGCUAUGACGUCAUUAUAAAUAAUAUUCAGUCGGAAUCCUGGAGCUCACUGCUGCGGUUAGAGGAAGAUUCGAGCAUACGUACCCGAAUACUAUGUUGCAGCGCUAGACCUUUUCGAAUGCGUGGCGUUAAUGCAAACCACACAAUAAUGAUGCUAAAACGACCACUUCGUUGUCCUGCACCUACUGGAUCUUGCCAUCCUUAUGCACAGGAAAUCACUGUUGAAAUUCCAUGUGGUGUUAUUGUUGGCUCCGUGACGCAGGCCGCCGCCUGUUGCAAUAGCGUUUUUAAGUUGACUGACGCCGACGGAAAGACGCAUCUAUUGAUCAAGGGGCCUGUCUUUGCUUACCAUUGCUAUUUUGACCUGGCAUUCAAGGUUUACUCAGCCACUGGUGGACGAUCUAUAGGCCGAGUUAUCCGACAAUGGCGAGAGAACAGAGAUAUUUUUCACAUCACGUUCCCUCAUGAUUUACACUCCCUGAUGAAAUUACUUUUAAUAUGUUCAGCUGUUUUAAUCGGUCGGUAUACAUCAAUAGGACACACCCUUCGUAUGUAAAGAUUGCAUCAAGAAGCCUUCCCAACUCUUGCAUGAGUCUGAGGCAAAACGACCGUAAGAUGAAAGGACGUUUUCCUCUCAGUUCACUUCAAGGGAAAAAUACAUUUCGAGCCCUUGAGUAGGAAAUUGGCCUUCGCGCUAAACCAAACGUACCCCGCUGCCAGAGUCCGCUUUCACUCUGAAACCGUUCCGCUUAUCACCCACCGCCUAAAAGACAGAUUUACGGUCCAGUGCGAAUCCUCUGUUCUAUAUCAGCUCACCUUCACCUAUGGUGCGAGGUACCUCGGACACACGACCAGACGUCUGUCAAAGAGGAUAGCGGAACACUGUCCCGUCUGGUUACAACGUGGUGCCACCAACAAUAUUUACAGCUCCAUCCUUGAACACAUUAUGGAUAGUGGACAUGACAUGCAAAGGAAAGAUGCUCUCGAAAGUGUGUAUUUUGUGUCAAAGUUAUACCAAAAAAUCUUAAAAAUCGCCUGCUGACAACAUCAGAAACAAUUGCGAUCGAGCAACUCAAGCCGGAACUGCGCGAACAGUGUGUUUUAGUGCAACGUUUAACCCUAUCGUGACCCUAGCCUAGUCAACUAACUUCAGACAUUUUGGUCUUUGGUAGUUGGCUUGAAUUGACAUCGACUGCCACUGGUCGCAGGAUACAUGACAGAUCUUCGCAUCGCAACUAAUAGAUUGUAUUCCUAUGAUUAUGCAUCUCAUAAUUGUAAUUGCAUAAUGAGCUUUAUCGAAAAGAAAUUUCUCCGCAGCUUUU